AUGAUGGCCAACGCGGUCGAUAUGCAGCAGUUGCUUAUGUCGAUGGAUCCGUCAAGCGCCAACCAAUUCAAUAUGAUGAAUAAAGGAGGUGCUUGUGUCAUGGCUACUUCUGGAGGAUCUGCGAGCCCAACUUCAUCUUCCGGAGCUCCAUCAUCAUCUUCCAUCAUGGCAGAGACCGAUGAGAAGGAUAUGUUCAUGCCGAGCCAACUUAUUCAAAACGGCCUUGCCAACAAUCAAUUGAUGUCGAUGAUUCUCCAGCAACAGAGCAAUCAGGCUGACUCGAACAUCGCCGACGCUGGACACAACAACUCCGGAGCCGAGAAGAAUAUUAUCGAGCUGCUGAUGAGUGGAAAUGCAGAUUUGAUGAAGUUCGCAACACAAUUUGCUCAACAAGCUAAAUCGGUUGAUCAGGAGCCAGAAGAACAACGAGAAUCCUCUCCAAGCCCACCACCAGCUGUUUCUCUGAACUCAACACUGGCAUCCAUGGUAUUUCCGACCACCUCAACAGCUACGGAAUGUAGUGCUGCUAGCACGACAUCUUCAGUUGACUCAGCUCCAUCUACAGUAAUCGUCAAUGGGCAUUCGAAUUCUCAAUCAAAUACAGAUGAUGAUGAUGUCACUCAGCAACCAUCAGCCAAGAAACAGAGGACUGGAGAUGAAACUCCAUUGACACCAACUUCAAAUAAUCAACUCAUGCAAUCACUUCUCGCUCAAAUGGGUCUUUCAAACCCGCUUCAUCAGCAGAAUCAGAAGCAGAUGAAAGAUGAAUCUAUGAUGUUCAGUGGUCUCUUUCCACAAGGAUUAGCUGGUAUUCCACUGAUGUUCCAGUCUCCUCUCCACCAACAAUUUGCUGGAAUGCAAGACUUUGAGCCAUUGUCAGCUUUGUCCACACCAAACAAGGGAAGUGGAGUCAAACGUCAAUACUCUUCCAACAACAAAAACUUCUGUGAUAUUUGCAACAAGGAAGUUUGCAACAAGUACUUCCUCCGUACACAUAUGCUCAAAAUGCACGGAAUUGUGAUUGAUGAGAACAAGACAGUUAUUGCAAAUAUCGACACAAGCAUCAAGGAGCGAGAAGGAGAGCUUACUUUCCGAUGUGACACUUGCCGAACUAUGUUCAAAACUCGUAAUCAGCUCAGGCAACAUCGUCAGGAUGUGCAUGGAGUCUUGCCAUUGUCAACUCCACGUAACAAUCCAAACAAAUCAUCUGUUCCAACAACACCAAACGGAGCCAAUAAUAACUCUGGUCCGAAUUCCGCCUCAAUGUCUGAAGAAAAAUGUGCAUUGUGCGAUAAAAGAGUUUCUCCAUCAAUGAUGAUGUUGCACAUGGCUCAAGAUCAUUUUGGAGCUGCUGCAGCGAAUGGAGAUUUGAAUCAAAUGAUGGCGAUUCUCGGACAACGAAAUCAAUCAACUGAGGAAAAGAUGAGCUCAAAUCUUCUCGAAUGUACUGACUGUAGUUACAAGACUCGUGAUCCAAAGAAUCUUGACUUGCACAUGGAGAGGCAUAUCAAAAUGAGUGAAGCGAAGGGAAGAGGCGAUGAAGAUGAGGAUGUUGCUCUGCAGCUGACAACUGAAGCAGCUCUUCAAAUGGUGGUUCAGAAUCAGAAUCAAUAUGACGGAGAUUCAACGGCAGCCGCUCUCAAUCUUACGUUCAAGAAUGAUGGAACAAAGAAAGAAAUUGAAGAAGAGAAGGCAACUGGAAAUCAUGAGAGAAACUCUCAUACGAGUGGAAGCAUUUCUCCCUCAGGAUCAAUUCCAGAAGGAUUUGGAAAGAACAUCGGAGAGAAGGCGUUCCCAACGCAGAGCUUUUUGAUCAAGUGCAAUGAUGACAGUGGUGAAUUCCUCACCGAGUUCCUUGCUCAACUGCCUGUCCGAUCAGUGAUCGAUGGACCACGUCAGCUGGUGUUCAACCUCCAUCCAGCUCCACCGACUACCAGCUAGAUUUGGUCCACUACCUCAAAAAUGCUCUCCCACCAUCAUAGUAUCUACCUUUUUUCUUCUCAAUCUGUUGUAUGGGUACCAAAUGUUCCGGAACCAAAUGAAAAUCCCCGCCUUUCUCGUCUUUUGAAGUCCGUAUCCUCCUUGUAAUCUUCCACCACCACUCGCCCCAGUUCUUGAUCUCCGUUACCGAAUGUUAAAACACGUGAAUAUGUAAUUGUUUUUUGUCUCAUCUUCCGCUCCCCGAAACCUCUUUCAUCACAGCCCCCCAAAUUCUCCCAGUUAGCAACGGGCCCAAACAUAUUAUCCACAUUUUUUGUCCUAACUCUUCAGCCAAAAUUUCUAUUUACAACUUAAUGCAAACUCUGAAGCUUGAAGCUUGUCUGAAACUUUCAAAUUAGCUGAAUCAGUUGAUUUUCUAGUUUUUGAUCUCUUUUAUUUAAUGGCUUCAAUCUCUUUUCCAAUCUUCUACCAAAGUUGAAAAUAGUCUCUGCCAUAUAUUUGUUUUUCCAUUUUAUUUUUAAAAUUAGGUUAUUUUAUACCUCCUCUGUGAAAAUUAUUCCCAAAACAUGCUACCUACUGUUCCAAUGUCGCCUUCCUACUUUAUCAAAUAUAAUUUAUUACUUGAUCAUCAGAAAAUCAAUCAACACUUUUUUCUUCUUUAUUCAAUCUUAAUUUCCUAAUUACUCAUGUCAUUCAUCUCUAAAUUUAAAUUGUUUUUCAACACCUUCCACCUUAUUAGAAGGAUAUAAAUGUAUGGUUUUGUACGUAUUGAGUGCCGAUUGAUAAAAGUGGGAAUUUUCAAU